AUGACAAAAGGAAUCAUUUUAGUUCGGCACGUGGAUCAGUACGAUGGUCAAAGCGAUAGAGACGACCCGCGGCCAUCGGAGCUGAUCAUCAUCGUCUGUCGCAGACGUCAGAACCCUGCUCGUCUGAAGCAGUCGUAUGUUGACGCCCUUUUUGACUUCGCUUCAUUCAAACGAGAAUCGGCAGCGGAACUUCACAGUCUGGUAGAGAAGUUUGAGGCAAACGUUAAGGUUCUAUAUCAACUCGGCGAACGAACGGAGUACUGGGACAUUCUGCUGAUCCGCAUGCUCAUCAUUCGACUUGAUCCGACGACAAGGCGAGAUUGGGAGGAGUACUCUUCGACCAAGGAUGCGAUCACCUUCAAAGAGCUGACGUCAUUCAUCCAGCGACGAGUCACGGUGCUGCAAUCGAUCCAAGCAAAGACCAUCGAAGCGCAACCGUUAACACUUUCGAUCGAUGAGAAGGAGAAGGAAGUCCGUCGUCAUCAACUCUGUCGUAAUUGCUUGCGAAAAGGUCAUCACUCGAGGGAUUGUUCGUCAUCCACCAACUGCCGCAAGUGUCGUGGACGUCAUCAUACCCAGCUCUGCCCGAAUGAUUCUUCUUCGUCGUCGAACUCUAAGUCUGUCAGCCUCCAGCAAUCGAAACCUGCUACUUCUACCCUAGCUACCGGUUCUCCGACCACGUCUGCGUCUGCCACGGUCGUCGAGUCAAUCAGUUGUGCUUCUACUGGCCGCAACCAGAAGACAGUUCUCCUAGCUACUGCAGUCAUCAUCGUGAUCGACGACAAUGGGGUUGAACACAUCGCUCGUGCACUCCUGGACUCAGGAAGCGAAUGCUGUUUCAUCACCGAAUGUUUUUCGCAGCGCAUCAAGGCCCAACGGAAGAAGAUCUACCUACCGAUAACGGAGAUCGGUCAAGCGUCCACUCAAGCCAAGCUAAAAUUCUCAUCUACCAUUCGUUCUCGAGUUGGCGAGUACUCCACCAACGUCGAAUUCCUCGUUCUGCCGAAAGUGACCAUCGAUCUACCUGCUACAUCCGUGGACACUUCGACUUGGGACAUGCCACCCAGCAUUCAACUUGCUGAUCCGUCGUUUGACAGCACUAAUCCUGUGGAUAUCAUCAUCGGCGCCGAAAUCUUUUUCGACGUGUUCAAGGUCGCAGGUAGAAUUCCUCUCGGAAACAAUCUUCCAGUUCUAGUUAACUCCGUAUUUGGUUGGGUAGUAGCUGGAAAGUCCACUGUCAGUCCGUCUACCGCUCUCGUCGUCGCUAAUGUCGCUACCGUCACCGAUAUCCAUAAACUUAUGGAGAAAUUUUGGACAAUCGAGGAAGACAGCUCAUCGACAGCGUACUCCGUCGAAGAAGCAGCAUGCGAGGAACAUUUUCAGCGAACUGUAGCUCGUACCCCGGAAGGACGUUACGUAGUCCGCUUGCCUUUCAAGGAAGACGUGCUUAACCAACUCACUGACAACCGUCGUACUGCUGUUCGUCGCUUCCAUCUACUUCAAGGUCGUCUGGUUCGUAAUCCCGACCUUCAUCAGCAGUACAAGGCAUUCAUCGAUGAAUAUCUCGAUCUCGGACAUAUGCAGCGCAUCCACGACUAUGAGAAUCCAGCAGUUCAGUACUAUUACCUUCCUCAUCAUGCUGUGAUACGUGAAGAAAGCACGACAACGAAGCUACGGGUUGUCUUCGAUGCCUCGUGUAAAACGCCAAACGGACCUUCUCUCAACGACGCUCUAAUGGUUGGCCCGACGGUUCAAGAGGACAUCCGUUCAAUAACUAUGCGCUCCAGGAAGCAUCAAGUUAUGGUAGUUGCUGAUGCUAAAAUGACAACUCAUCGUCUGGAAACCGUCACCGAACCAUCUGUGACAUGUGCAUUCCACAUGUCAUCAAAUCCCUUUUUCCCAUAG